UGGCGUCUGGCACAAACGUCAGCUCUCGCCAGUCCGGUAUAAGAACGCAACGCGGCCGCAGAAAUGACGCGCGCCGUGCUUUUUAUAAGUGUAUUUACCAUAUUUUUGGACGUGCUCCAUGCUGGACAGGCAAGCAGUGGGGCAGAGCCCCAGGUAGCCGUCCUAUGUGAAGCGGGCGGCACCUACCACCCGCAGUACAUGUCAGCCGCCGGCCGAUGGACUCCCGACCUUACCACCAAGCCCCACAACUGCCUCAAGGACAAGAUGGAAAUCCUCGAUUAUUGCAAGAAGGUAUACCCGAGCCACGACAUCACCAACAUCGUUGAAGCUUCCCAUUACGUGAAGGUCAGCAACUGGUGCAAGCUGGGGACUGGCAACGCGGCCAAGUGCAAGGUCACGCGAUGGGUGAAGCCGUUCCGUUGUCUUGAAGGUCCAUUCCAAUCGGACGCGCUGCUGGUGCCUGAAAGCUGUCUCUUCGACCACAUCCACAACCAGUCGCGGUGCUGGCAGUUCGCGAGGUGGAACGCCACGGCUGGUCGCGCUUGCUCCCAACGAGGACUGAAGCUCAGGACUUUUGCGAUGCUCUUGCCUUGUGGAAUCAGCCUGUUCUCUGGUGUCGAGUUUGUCUGCUGCCCAAAACAUUUUAAGGAAAACGUAAAGAUGCACAAGCCCAUGGAUGUUGGAGUCCCCGUCAGCCCCGGUGGUGAGGAGAUGCUUGCGGCUUCAGCGGCGAUGGAUGAGCGUGAUGAUGACCUUUUGGAUGAUGAUGACGCUUUGGAUGACGAUGAUGACGACGACACUCUGAACCUUAGCGACGACGACGACGAUGACGACGCUGAUGACGACAUGGAUGAAGAUGAAGACGCAGAUUUGUCUCGCGAUGAUGAUGCUGAGGACGACGAUUAUACUGACGGUGAUGAUAACUCCUGGCCUCGUCCCGAAACUUCCUCGCAGCCGUCUACCACCACGACUACCACCACUACGACCACGACCACUACGGCUUCAUCCGCUACCUCCGACCCUUACUUCUCGCACUUCGACCCUCGCACCGAACAUCAGAGCUACAAGGACGCUCAGCAGAGGCUGGAGGAGACGCACCGCGAGAAGAUCACCAAGGUCAUGAAGGAAUGGUCGGAGCUAGAAGACCGGUACCAGCAAAUGAUGAACAAUGACCCCGCUGCCGCCCAGACCUUCCGCCAACGUAUGACUACCAAGUUCCAGUCUAACAUUCAGACUCUGGAAGAAGAAGGUGUAGCUGAACGUCGUCGAUUGGCUGCUCUCCAUCAGCAACGAGUCCUGGCUCACCUCGCUCAGCGUCGCCGAACUGCUCUCGCUUGCUACACCCGCUCACUCCGGGACACUCCACCCAAUGCCCACCGCGUCCAGAAGUGCUUGCAGCGCCUAGUCCGUGCUCUGGCCGCGGAGCGCAGUGGGGCGCUGGCCGCGUGGCGCCGCGCUGCUGCCAACGGACGCGAGGCCGCCGCCGCCGAGCGGUCCAGUGCUGCCGACCGAUUGCAGGAUGCUGACCGAGCUCUGCAGCGCGCCCUCUCCUCCCUCCGCCGCCGCCCUCACCUGUACGCUAGCAUUGGAACUGCUAUUGAAGAUUACGUUCAGUCGAUGCAAUCCAAGGACGACAUGGCGGUGUCCCUGAUGUCAAUGACUCCUGAAGCUGAGGAACUGUUGCUGGACCGUAUUGAAGCCGAAGUACAGCGGGAACAGGCCGCUCGGGAUCAGCUCAACGCUAAACGUGAUCAGCGCACUCGACAGCGUCAGGAUAUCCAGAACGAACGGGCUAAGACCUCAAACGGUGUGAAGGAGAGUUUAGAAGCUGAUGACGAAGCGAGUGAAGCGAGUGAGAUCGAGGACACUUCAUCCAGCAGCACUCGAGGCCCAGUUCCCUCUGCUUCGGCGCCUCCAUCCCCAUCCCCAUCAGCAUCUGCCAGCGCAUCACCAGUCCCAUCUGCAGCGUCGGUGACACCACAUGAUAUCACCACCCAUGCUCCCUUCUCACAGGAUACUACUACUACUGAGAUCAUUACGAGCACGGUGACUGACGUACCAGAGAGCGAGACUGCCGAGACCGGUGAGAUCAGCGAGACUUCCAGCCGACGGUCCACUAGCGAGGCGGAGGGCGAGGGCCUGCGCGCCGCGCUGCAGCACGCGGAGGAGCGCGCGCCCCCCCCGCCCGCACACGCGCUCAAACACGAGCUGCAGCACUCGCAGCCCGGCUACACCGUCCGCGGCGCGGGUAUGCCCGGCGGCGGGUCAGCGAGCGCGCUGUACCCGGCGCUGUGCGUGGGCGGCGCGGCGCUGGCGGCCGCCGCCUGCGUCGCGCUCGCCGUCGCGCGCCGCCGCGACCGCGCGCCGCCCGCGCAGGGAUUCGUGCAGGUGGAGCAGACCGGAGCCGUCGCCCCGACCCCCGAAGAGCGACACGUAGCCAACAUGCAGAUCAAUGGCUACGAGAACCCGACCUACAAGUACUUCGAGGUCAAAGAGUAGAUUCCCACACUUCCAUCCCUCCCUUCCCUCCCCCUCCACCCUCGCUAGGAGUGCGCGGCUCGUCACGUCCGGCCAAGUGACUUGACUCCAUGUAUCAUCAAGUCUACUGCGGACAGGAGUGUUAUAAAUUGUUGUGGUGUCCUUUCGGCCAAUUCUUUCGUCUACGUCCUCUGUUAGUUCAUCAGCGUCCUGAACCUCGAAUCUCAUCACAAAAUCAUCAACGUAACUCUGAACAGUAUCAGACGCCGGUGAAGUCUCACAGCACGUAGACAGACUUCCAAAUUCUUGUGAUGUGUGCUAGAUGCCCCUAGAGACAGGGUGUUUUUCUACCCUACACCUUUAUCUAUUGUCCUCAGCGUAAUUCUUUAUGGAAUGAAUGUGUGUGAAACUUAUAUAUUGUCCGGCGAGGCCGCACUCCCGGCGGGAGGUCCUUUGUUAUGAACAUUCAUUAAAGCUUGUGUGAUUAGUGGGAAUAUUCGUUUGCGGUAACGCGGUCAGUCAUAUGUUAAGGUUAGAAGUGAUAACGGUUUAUGUUUUGUUAUUUAUUUUGCACCAAAAUAUUUAUUAUUAUUUUAAGGACUUAGAUCUAAGUUUUUUUGUCUAGUGUCCUAGAAUUCAUAAGUGUCACUGUAGUCGAGUUUUUAAAUUAAGUUUUUGAAGCCGCUCCCGCAGUGGUGACGUCCGACGGCCCCUUGGUCCUGUGGUGCGUUUUGUUAGUCGUUACUCGAAUGAUCUCAGUUUUAGUCUGUCUAUCGUUUAGCUAUAGUUUCCCUGUUCGGUUCGUUGAAUGUUACUACUGGGGUGAGUGGAACAAACGUCCAUGGUACGCUGUGUAUAUAGGCUCCGCGUACAAAUUUGAACCUAAAUUACUUACACUUAACGCCCGCUUUCAUUUACUUUUCUAACGUAGGUAGAACAUAACGUGAAUUUUAUGUAAUAAAUGCGAAAAUAUAUUUUAAUAAUUAAUGUGUACUUAGCGAUGGGACGGGCGGCAUAGCCGGCGCGGGUGAACGAUUCUCUCUUUGAUUACUUGCAACAUUCCUUCUGAUGAGUUAGUGAGUCUCUGUGUCGUGAUGGUCGCUAUGUAUCCUUCGUGUUCGCCCGCGGGACAAUACCAAGUUCCCGACGUGAGAGGUCGCCGUGUACUCAACGUGCGUUUUGUAAUUAGAGUACGAGUACAUUAGUACGAGCCACGUGUGACCAUCGUGGCGACGUUUGUAUCUAGUCAAGGCGACAUCUACCUACAUUUGGCAUUGUUUCGACAAACGGUUGUGUACGCACCUUGGGUACGCGGUCGCGAGGCAAGUAAGCUUAGUGAGUGUAUGUACGGUUAAUAUAUAAGUAGAUGUACAAAAAGUAAUACAUUAUAUAGAUGUUUUAGCGUCAGAUACAUAGAUAUAAAGCAAAAUAUAAUUAUAUAUCGCAUUCGUCCGUAUAAAGUAAGGGCUUGCGCUCGUGUCUAAUCCCACGUACCACACUUAAUGUUACGUCGUAGUUAAGAUGUAAUUCUGCCUCAGUAUUAUAUACAUUUAAGCUUAUUUGUUACAUAAGCUAAUUUAUAUACACUAUUUCUAUUUGUUUACGGGCGUAGUGGCGUUACUACAAAUGAAGUCAUAUCAGAUGCGCCACGGCGCUCUGUUGCUCCUAUUUCGCUGCGCGUGGCAGUUUGCGUGGAUUGAGUAUAGAUGGCGUUGUUGUUAACAACAUGGCUCGAUGUUUAGACGUGAUGGUGGUGUUGGACAUUUGUCUCGCAGCGAAAGAGGUGCGAGUAGGCGCCCGCCCGUGCUUAUCGUAUGGCAUUUACGUAAGUUACUCACUGUGUAUAACGUAAGUUUAAUCCCGCAUCAAGUAACCGCUAUGUAUUUUUAAUAUGAUGGUAACGAGCCGACCACUUAUUUUUUUAACAAAACUUUUUGCUCAAAAUCAGCUGUUUCUCGUCGGUAUAGGAUGUCUACUUUCGAUCGAUCUAAAUUUAUUGUCGUUCGUCAACAAUAUUCGAUGUUAGUAGUACCUAAAACCUGGUUUCUGUACCUUUCCAAUCACUGUUUCACGUAUUUUAAUAAGUAUUCUACAUAAUAAUAAAUGGUUUGAUGAUUUUUGUGUUUACUGUGCUGCAUUUUAUUGUGAGUUCGAAGUUCAAAUUGAAUCAAUAAAUAGAAAUUUAAA